AUGGAUUGGCGGCCUCUACUUAUUGUAUCAUUAGUGGCAUUCGGGCAAUGUCAGGAAAUUUGCCUCUCAGUAGAAGAAGAUCCCUAUUUGCUGUUCGGGACGAAAACCUCUUACAUCUUCGCCAAUAAGGGACUCCCAAACACUAGGAUUCAAGAUAUUCCCGGUUGCCAGCCGACUGCCAUAUGGCUGAUGAGCCGCCACGGCUCUCACAACCCUGAAGCGAAUGAGACGGUGGGUCUACAGGCUUUGGCUGACCUGAGGAAUAACGUCAUCACCAACUAUCGUAACGGCAACUUCAGGAACACUAACCAACGCAUCUGCACGUCCGACCUGAACAUGCUCGAGCGAUGGACCUGGACCCAGAGUCCAGCGUACACGGGUGACCUCACCAGCGACGGCUACAUCUCCACCCAGCAGCUGGCUCAGGCGUGGAAGCAAAAGUACCCUGGACUCUUAACUGACAACCCCCAUGACUACUUGUUCAAGUACGUGGACGGUCUGCGGUCGGCCACAACUUUCCGCGCCUUCACGGAGGGCGUGUUCAAAACGCAGCCGGGGCCCAACGACGUGCCGAAAGACAACGACGAAAAGUCAUUGAAGCCAUACAAGUUCUGCUCGGCGUGGUUGAGGGAAGUCGGAGAGAAUAACGAUACUUUAACGCAGCGGAUUACAUUCGAGUCCAAACAGGAGUACAAAGAAAUGAUCAGCAACAUAUCCAGGCGGCUCGGCUUCAACUACGACGUGCAGAAGCAGUUCGUCGACUCCAUGUACCUUAUGUGCAGCUACGACAAGGCCUGGAACGUUGCGCAGAUUUCGCCGUGGUGCUCUCCGUUCACCAAGGAGGACCUGCAAAGGCUGGAGUACGCGGAGGACCUGGAAACAUAUUACAGAUACGGCCCCGGGUCCCCGCUGAACGAGAAGCUCGGCUGCACCACCGUCAAAGACAUGAUGGACUUCCUGAAGAAACACGCCGAACACGGCACGCCGCAGCAGCCGCGCGCGCAGGUGCAUCUGGUGGACAGCGAAGGCCUGCUUUUGGCGCUAAACGCGCUGGGCCGCGGCUCGGGCGCGCCGCCCACCGGCGACAACUUCCGCUCGCAGGCCGCGCGCGCGCGCAACUGGCGCGCCUCCCUGCUCGCGCCCUUCAGCGCGAACCUCGCCGCCGUCCUGUACAGGUGUUCGCAAGAUGGCAACUUCCAGGUGAAAGGCGAGUACCAAGUGCUUUUCCUGGAGAACGAGAAACCAAUGAAUCUAGACGGAUGCCGCGUCGGUCUCUGCGACUGGAACUAUGUCAAGAACAAAUUCGGCCCGAUCGCAGACACCUGCAGCUUAGACUUCUGCAAUAGCGCUUCAAAUGCCAAAAGUUAUACAGCUGUCGUUUUGACACUGACGGCAUUUGUUGGCCUUUUACUAAAUCAC